AUGUUGCACCUGUCCAGAGAAACAAAACGCACCCACCCACACAUACAAAGGGGGGAGAGAGAAAGGGAAAGAAAGAGAGAGGAAGGAGAAGAUGGAGCAAGACAAGAUGGAUCGCCAGAAAAUGCAAAACAAGAAGAGUCGCCGGAAAUCAAGGGUCGCCGGAUUUGCAGCAACUCGCCUGGAACACGCACGUCCCGACUGGUCGUCGCACCCACCCGAACAGAGAAAGAUGGGAGAAGAAAACGACUCCGGCGGCGAGAAGGGCCAGAAGCUACCGAAAAGAAGAUAAGGAAGAAAAAGGAGAGAGAAAGAGAAAGAGAGGGGGAGAGAGAGGACGGAAAGAGAGAAGUGAACUUACCUGUAACAGCACCUGCGACGGUGAUGGCGACGGCGAAGCAGCAAAUGCCAUAG